UUUCAAACUUAUUUUUGUUACAUUUUCCAAGUAGCAGUGUUCUUUAAUUUUUUAUGGACUUCAACCCUUCCUUUACAAGUUCCACAAUAAAUCCAUGAUAUGGUGUGAAAAAAGCUAUUCCUUGGUCAGAUGCGAUUAAAUGCAAAAGAACUCUUAGCUGUUGCCUCCCAGCCUUCAUACAAGUUUGAUAAAGAGGGAGUGCUUUUUAUUCGGGAAAAACAGGAAGGCAUAUUUCGUCGAGGAGAUGUUUUUACAGAACGCUGGUUUCGUUUACGAGGGAAUCUUCUCUUUUAUUGCAAAAGUAAAGAUCCGUACUCAGAACCAGUGGGGUUAUUAGUUAUUGAACACUGUUCAGUGAAAGCUGAUCCAGAAACAGAAAACAUCUUUCCAUUCACUCUAGAAUAUGUGGGUGAUGAUCAUGGUGGUCAGCAGCUUGGGACAGCUACUGAGAUGGAGCGAGAGACUUGGAUGAAUAUCCUGCGUUCAGCCAGCUUUGAAUGUAUGAAGUCACAGGUCCAUUCUCUAAAGAACAAGUUGCAUCUUAAGAAAGGGAAGCUAGAUGUACAGAAACUGAGAGUGUAUUCUUUUGAAGAAAACCAAUCUCUCAGCCAAUUAAUGGGUCGUUAUGAUCCACUGCAGCAUGAGCCCUUUCUGGAACUUAGUUUAGUGUGUGACAAUUUGAAGUGUGAUGCUGAUGGACAGCCCCCCAACCCUAUGGUGCUAGUUUAUACAUGUCGCACCGUUCAGUCUUCUUGGGUACAGUUUGCUCAGACUGAAAUGAUUGAGAGAUCAAGCAACCCAUGUUUUCUGACAACUGUAGGAUUUCUAAAGAGAGAAGUUUCUCUUGCCAUGAGAGUGAAGGUUUUAGUGUUUGAUGUCAAAGAAAAGGUGACUGCGACGAGAACAUUGCUUGGAGAAUCUGUUUUCACUAUAAGUACUCUUCUUCAGACCCCGUGCAGAUUCCUGAGGCUUACUUUAAUUUCUCCAUGUUGUGAAAGUGUAGGAUUCAUUACUGUAUCUGCAAGGGAGCUCGAACCUGAUGUGUCUGUGAAUGAUAGUAACAGUCUCAUGUCAGUACCUUCAGACAAAGAACCUAUUUGGCCACUUGCUGAUCGGCAGCGUACGUAUUCCUUACCCACAUCUCUGCCAGCUAGAGCCACAACUCCUCUCCAUUCCCAAUUGAAGACACUCUUUGACAACAUCACCUCUCAGACAUACUGUUUUCAUACUGGUCUUGGAGCUGAAUUAAGGGUACAUGAGAUCAUGGCAGAAAGCAGGCUCUGUUUCUCACUACCUCAACUACUACUAAAUCUGUGGAUUCAAGAAGAAAGAAAAAUGAUGGAAUAUGUCCAAGCACUGGGUGAGCUUCGAAAGGAGUGGCAGGUUCAGCAUAGUGUAGCAUUGGAACGUCACCUUCAUCUCAUCAACACUUACACUCAAGCCUUGGAUAAGCUUUCUACUCAUCAAGGCCCGUCGUUUAAACCCUCAAGCAAAAAAGACAAGCAUUCUCUGGAAUUUGUGCCGGUCAACCUGCAUUUGCAGCGGUUAUGGGUGCAAAAUAUCACAAGCCGGAAAACUGCAGUGAGGGAUGUCAUAAAUGGGAGCUUUACUGCUUAUCCACACCAUUUUAAACAAGGAGGUCUGCUCAAAUUGCUCAUGCAGCUUAGGAAUUCUUAUCAUUUUGUAAGUAAGGAUAGCACAGGACAAGCUAUGGGGCCUGAUCGACUCUCUUGUGCUGCUGAGGCCAUCUUACGCAUUGACCAACUUCAGGAAGAGGUCGAAGCUGAGUUGCAGCAUUUGCUACAUCUGGCUAGUCAGAAAUCUUGUUCAUCCAUGCAGGAUAUAGUUAAUCAUAUUAGCAGUAAGGCUAAACAGCUAAUCCAUGUGUGUAACCCUAUGCUGGUAGAAGAGGCCAUAGCAGUGUGGGAAAGUGCCAAACCAGUUAUUGAUGUUACCCAGCUUACAAAGAAUUCCUCUCAAUCACAUACACAGUUACAUCUAGGUCAGUCAGUAGACAUAUGUGGAAUUAGCAGUAAGGAUCCUCCUGAUAAGGGUGUAAAGUUACAACGCCAGCAUUCAUUACCCAAUAGUGUAGACAAAUAUUUUAAUGGUGCUGGUGUAAAUGAAUCUUCUAAUCAAGAUCACAAUAUUCAAAAUGAAGAUACUGAACAAGAAUUAGCAUCAUGCCACAAUGAAAGUAGUAAAAUUAAUAACUGUGUGUCAGAAACGGGUGCCAAAGCUCUCUCUGCACAAACUUCAGAAUAUAAAGAGAAGGAAGGAGUGUUGGGUGAUCAGUUGAAAAGACGCAGUCUGUGUUUACCGUUAGGAGGUGUUGCAGAUGUCACACUUCAGAAGAAUAAUAUUGUAUUAGAAGAGCUGUCCUCACCCCUUGGCAUGUUUGAAGAAUUUGAACCCUUGGACCUAACACACUUGAAUAUCAAGGCCAGUACAAUGUGUAUGGCAAGCAAAGUACAACUAUUAACUAAUGAACUGGAAACAGCAAACGGUAGUGCUGUUAGAAAUUUGUCACCUACCAACGAGGUGGCAGAUUUACAUACAAGUAAUAUGAUCUGUCAGUCAAAACAACACAAAACUAAUCAAGAUUGGAUAUCUGAGCUCUCUCCUAGUGCUAGAAAGCUACGACAAGCUAUGCUUUGCCUUCAGCGGACGGCUCGGCUGACAUAUGGAUUUUUGUCACUUAAGGAACCACAUCACCGGGCUUCAAUGAGCUACAUGAUCAGAUAUAGGCGAGAUGUUGUAUUUUCACAGGCACUGACCACUUUAGUAACUGGUUUAAUGACAGUCUUAUGGUGCCAACAGCCAGAUCCUAUCUUUCUUAAUCAUUUAAUAUCAGCUGGCCUGCUAGCACAAUUCCUUGGACUCUUGAGUUGCUAUGGUGAUGAAAUGGGAAUGCUUGAAGAUAUGAUGGUAGGGGUGGAGGACUUGAGGAGGAUAAUGUUCUGGUUAGAACCAGCUCGUCAUAGUGAAAAUACACCUCAGCCUCGUAUAGAGGGAAACAGAGCCUUCCUAACUCUUGUUGUUCCUGCACCAGAAUCUGUGAUGUCAAUGUUACCUAAAGGAAAACAGCAUGGUUGUCGCUUCUCUCUUACACCGGUGUUCCUGAAUAUUGGCAUUAAUGAACAAGCCACACUUGCUGAAAAGUUUGGAGAUGUCUCUCUUCAGGAUCGAGUAAAUCAAGAAGGAGUUAACUUACUGAAAGAAUAUCAUCGGCGAUGUCAGAAGGCUCCAUCAAAAGUGGAAAAGUCUACUGUAAGAGGAAUUCGACUUCAGGAAGUUAAAGUAGAUGAACUGCUCGACCAGCUUCAAACCCAAGUACAAGCUCGAAAGAGUAAAAAUAUUAGCAUACUUCAUCUUGGGGCUGAGAUUUGCUCUCGACUUAAAGGACUUAGGUUCACUUGCUGUAAGAGUGGAAAGGAUCGCACUUCAAUGUCUGUAACAUUGGAACAGAGUGUGGUUCUGCAAAAUGAAUUUGACCUGGAUGAAAAGGAAGUCCCUCGUGUGUUGUCCUGCAUGCGAAGUGAAGGAACAAGACGCGAGAACACCUUCAAGAAUGUGGGUGUGAGGAAGUAUGCAUUCAACAGUUUACAGUUAAUGGCUCUACCCAAGCAGUACAGACCUCCACCUGGCACCUUUGGCAAUGUCCAGUCUUAGAACAAUUAACCCUAUGUGAUUGUAGCCAUUGUAUGCUUUUGUACAACUUAAACUGGUAUUUUGACUUACUGUGAGUAUGUACAAGUUGUUUCUUUAUAUGUAGAUAUGACUACUUUAACACAAGUAGAGUUCCGAUUGAUUGUCAGAACCCUGACAUGAUUUUGUUAACUUAAACUUUGUUAAUUUUGUUACAGUCAUAGACUACUUGCUCCAGCUGUUGUUAAUUGUAAUAAGAACUGAAUAUAUCCAGAAAUAUAUAUUUAUUAUGCUAUGUUAACAUAAAAGCUCUGACAAUUAAGACAUCUUUUUUAAAAAAAGCUGUAUUGAGCUAAAGUUUUAACUGGCUUUAGGUUUGCCAGACUAAAUUAUUUUUGAGACUGUCCAUUUGACAUUUGGAUUUGUACAGCUUAUGUUUCUGGUUAUUUUGUCUGGUAAGGAUCAUACUUGUUUAGAUAGAUAAAACUAAUAGCUUUUAAGACUUAAUUUUUUUUCUCCAGAACAUUAAAGAAAUUGCCUGUAUUUUCAAUGCAGUAAUUUUUUUUUAGUUGUAUUUUACUCUCAACCAAAACAAAUUUCUCUUUGUGCUUAAUAAUUUUUAAGUUUUAAAUAAUUAUGUCAUAAACAAUGCAACUUUAGCUAAAGGCUAGAUAAGAAAUGUUAGUAAUAAAAGCAUCUCUGAUCAUUUGUAAACCACUGAACAAACUGGACUCAAACUAAUUUGUUUAAGAGAUCUACGUCUGACAAUUUGUUAUACAAAUUAAUAUACUGUGUUCUUGUAAAGAAUAAAUAGCCCUGGGUGAAAUUAUUAUUAAUAAGGGGAAGUUUUAAGCAACCACUUUUUUUUUUCAGAUGUAAUUGUGGUCUGUUGUGGAUGUUCAAAUUGAUACUGGAUAGCAGAGUUAAUUAUGUAAUAUUAUUGAAACACAUUCAACUGGGAGAUAAUACAGGUGUAUAUCAAUGGUAUGUUAAACAUAACAAGGAGGAGGUGAGAGUAGAUGUGAAGAAUGUUUAUGAAAGGUGAAAAAUAGAAAUGUAUAGUACAUAUAAUAAAAUUAAAAAGGCAUUAGAACCACAUACCUUAAAAAAGUUUAAAAACAAAUUACAGGUUUGUGGAGAUAGUAGAAAACAAAUGAAACCAGAAACCUGGUGUUUGUUAAACCAAACAAAGAAUACAAACUGACAAAAACAUUUUUUUCAAACAUUAUAAGCAAAUAUGUAAAACAAAAACUUAAUGACAAAAAAGAAGCAAAUAUGAUAUAACAGAAGAACAAUCCUAGCUUUCUGAGGAGUCUAGCCUUCUUAGUCUGGAUGAAGUGUAGAGCUGAAAGUGAAACAAUAUAUACAUCUUGCUGUUGUAGAAUACUAACAUAAUGAUCAUAAAACAAAAGCUGCUUGUUCCAGUCUAAUAAUUUUACAAAAUUCAAGUUUAUCUCUUUAAAAAAAGAAAGAAAGCAAGGUUUCAGCUUUCACUCCUCUAGGUAAACAUACCACCUCCCCCCCAACCUCCAAAGUUGAAACAACUUUCAUCAGUGUUAUGUUAAUAUCAAAUGAUAUUAAAAGAGUAUUAUGACUUAUUCCUAUCCACUGGGGAACAUAUAAGAAGUGAUAAAGUUAUUAAUCAGUGCUGUAUUCCUAAAAAAAAUGCACCUUUAUUAUUAAUUUUGAUCUUACAAUCUCCCUUAAAUCAUCCAUAGCUUAUUUAGCUGUGUGGUAUGCUUCAAUUCAAUCUGGUACAUAAAAAUCUAAUAUAAACAGCUGCAGAUUUUUUUAUGCUUCUCUAUAGUCAUGUUGCAAUCUGUUGGAGUGGUGAUCAGGAAAUGUACUUUAAGAAUUUGUGUGCAACCAGGCUGUCAUCUCCAUCAACAGGCUACUUCCAUGGUGUUAGUCCUUUUACUGUAUUUAUUAGCCCAUUUAUUUAAGGCAGGUUUAGAAGCUGUUUUUUAGCAAGUUUAACUGCAGUAACACAAUACACACUUUCAUGUUUCCAUAAUAACAAUAUAAUCAUAACUGGCUGCAGUAACCAUCCUGAAAUCAUUGGAAAUACAGAUACCAGCUGUGUGAUUGUUGAGUUGUUUUUAAUUGAUAACCUGAUCUUGACAAUAUCACUUUUCAGUUUACUGGAAUAAAUCAAAACUAAUCAUUAUAUACAGUUACUCUCUUAUAAUGCUUACAAUUCAUGCUUAAUUAAACAUAUUGCUAUUGAAAAGGAGCUUUGAAAAAAAUACAUUAUAUAACUCCUUAAAAAUUAAAUGUAACAGUAAAGAAGUAAUACAAGAAAAGACUGAUUAUGUAAGUUUAGUAGGUUGCUCUAACUUACUAACAAAUUAGACAAGAGGAUUUAGGUUUGAGUGUUAAAUCCACAUGUAAUAUUUGUUGGCAUUUCAUCUUGAAGAAAAGUGGGCUUCCUUGAAAGAUAAAUUUUUUUAACCUUGUUUAGUUUUCCUUUAAUGUCAUUAUUAUGUUUUAUUUAUUUAUAAGAUCCCAAAAUGUUUUUUACCAGAUUCCGUUCUGUGUUUUAUUCAUUUACUCUAGCUACACCAGCUUCUGAUUUACUGUUUUUACAAUAUUUAUUCUCACCAGUAAGUACUUUUUUUAAAUAAUGAUUAUAAAUUAGACAAUAACAAAUAGAAAACUAAAUAUGGAGAAGUGUUCAUUCCAAUUGACUGCAUUGAUCCAACAUUGUAAAUUAACUUCCUUUAAAAAAAUAUUUUCUGUUGAUCAAUGUAUUUUUAAGUUUACUUAUUAAAAAUUCCUUGAGAUUGUGUUCUUUACAUUUCAAGUGCAAUCCUGUUAGUUGUUCAGCACUGGAUAUUGUGUUGUGUAUUAUCCUGUAACUGUUUGUGUUUUUUAACAUGAUACAAAUGCUCUCUGGUACCGUCUUCAAAUCGUGGGUUUGCAUGUCCAACAUAUAGAUGUUAUAUAAUGUCCAUAUUUCCAGCAUAUUACACAACAGAUUAAAUACUGGGUUGCAUGUAAAACACACACACACUGUGCAAAGUAGUUAACUUUUGGGUCUUUUCAUAGAUAUAGUCAUUGCCUACUGGAAAGUUUGAUAUUUCUUGUGAAUACUUGAGAUUGCUGUGUAAAAGUAAAUCAAUGUUGUAUCUUGUCUGUUAGCCAGUUUUGCUUUUAAAUUGUACUAGUACAAAGGUUGAUCUUCAGUGUUGUUUAGUUAUUCAUUAAUGUCUUUGACUCUCGUUAUAACUGGAGAUAUUCUACUGUUCUUUUGUUUGUUAGGGUGUGCUGAGGUUUUGUUGUAAAGUGCAUACUUUUAUUGGCUGCAUCAGAAACUAUGGAUUUUGAGUAAUCUCUGUUGUUGACAGAAGUUCAUCGUUAAUUGGUUUCAGACUUGUAAUCCUUGUCAUCAGUGCUGCAGAAACUGUGAAUAUGGGGUACAUUAUUGGUGUUGUAAGGUUAAGGGGAACUGCAACAUAAAUUUGAGUGAAAAACUGUACCUUUGUGAUCAGCAAACUUAUAAUUAAGGCAUCUCAUUUUUGGUUUUAAUCAAAAAACACCAAUAAAUCAUCUCUGACACAAAAAAUCAGUAUUUUUUCCAAUACACACCACAAAUGGUUAUUCAGUUUAUUUUACAUUAACACCCCCCCCCCCCCUUCCAGAGUUACUGUGCUUGCAAGAUUUAACUCUUUCCAUACAGACUAUAUUUCUUUAGAAUAUUACUCUGAAAGAAAAAGAACACUUUUCUUCCAUUAGUGGUAAGUUUGUUUUAUAUAAAAAAUUAGGUGCUCUUAAAAAGCUUUAACUGUUAUUAUUCCCAUAAGAAAAAUUAGUGUGCAGAGAAUAUUACAGUAUAUCAGUAUCCUCAUUACGAUGUUAAAAGUGAAAACUCCAACAAUUAGAUUUUAAGGUAUCUACAAAAAACUAAAAAUAAACACCGAUUUAAAAAAAAACUUCUUGUAAUAGAAUGUUUGUAUUUCCAUACUAUUGAGGAAUCAUAUAUUUUACAAUGUAAUCUCAAUAUCAAUUAAUAAAUGCUAAAUUUUAAUUUUCCAGCAGCACCAAUUACCUUUAGUAUUUGCCAUAACGUAAAGUCAUUGAGGAAUAACAAUAAAUCUGCUAAAGAAAUGUAUUAAGACCACAAUUUCAAGGACUUAAGAUCUUGCACACGUGUAUUUAAUGAUUUGUUCUCCAUAGUUGAUAAAACGUUUUCUAUGUUGAAAUAAAGCGUGGCAAAUAAUAAUUGGUGGCAUUAUAUCAUCAUAGAAAGAAAUAGGGCAGCUACACACAGAUGUAAUGGUAUGUUCGAAGUUAUUCUUCUGUGAGUUUUUAACAUAGAUAAUACUAUUCAGUAUACAGUAUGAUCACUAAAUAAUGAAGAUGCUGAAUUUACACAUAGCAUAAGUUCCGACAAAAUUGUAAUUUUGAACAACCAUUGUUUUCUGUCAUUGUUAGACUUGGUACCAUUUUUAGCAAGUAACUUAAGUAGUGGGCUUAAAAUAGUUGGAAGGCACAGUAAACAUAAAAGCUUUAACCUAUAUUCAUACAUGAUUGGGGAAUGGUUUAUGAAUAAAAAAUAUAUUUGUUUCAUAUCAUUUGUAUUUUGAAAAUACAUCCUGUACACACACGUUAUGAUGAUAGUGCUUUUCGAUUAUACAAACAAUACCAUUUUAAUUUGUCUGUUCAGUGGUUUAGAAAUUCUAUGCUUUUCUUUUAUUGUUAGCUAUGUGAUCAAUAAGAUUAUUAUGGUAACAAAUACCAUCACAACACUUAUAUAUUUUCCACAAUUGUUUUUAAUAGUUAUAAUUAUUAUGGAGACUUAUUUCAAAGUAAUUAAUGUACAGGGUGAGAACACUUGUCAGAUAGAAAAGAAUGCCUGUCCUAGGUAUGUGCUUGUAGCUUUCCCAGAGCAAAUUUCUGAAGCUUUUUGUAUUUUUCAUACAGCCAUGUUUUCUGGUUUAUUAAAUUAUGGUUGAGUAGUUUAUUCUGUUACUUAAAAAGGUCAAUUAAACAGAUCAGUACAGUUCAAUUGAGAAUACAUAAUUGUUGUCAUUCAUGUGCCGUUGAUGUAAAUAUAUUUCUCUAGAAUGUAGCAGGAUAGGUUCUUUUGUUUUAGAGAGAACUUUUUUUCUUCCAAAAUCCUAUUAAAUUUUUGCUAAGAUAAAAAUUAAAAUGUUUUGAAAGUUUCUACAUUCCACACACAGUUUGUGGCAGAUUUUUUAUGAGAUUUGUAUAUACAUGUUUUUAGUUUAUACAGUGACCUUACAUUUUCUUUGUUAUUUUUUCUUCAAUAUAUACAUAUCAU